GUAACAAAAAGGCGCAAAAAAGAAAGAUCUUUAUGCCAACCGGUACUGGACCUCUUUGACCAGCAGUACAGUCAGGAACUUAGAGAGUUGUGGGCAUCUGCAAGAUCAGUGCUCCUGGCCCCUCACUCCUGGCAAUAUGGGGUCAUGCUUAACCGCUUCACAGCUGUGGCAGAUGUCACACGGAUUCUCCAGUCACAGGGCUUUUCCAGUUUCCUGCCACAAACAGAUGUCUCCACGUUGCCUUCCGAUGCUUCACCAGUGUCCAAUUCUAAAUGCCAGACAGGAAAAGACUCUCUGUCACCUCACUGCAUCUCCAGGUGCCCUCCUGAUGACUCCCAUUCGCAACCUGACAGCACCUCUCAUGCGCUCAGUCAGGACCUUCCAUCAGAGCUGUUUCUCAGUUUGCCCCGUCCUUCACUACAGUGUUAUAUCCACCCAUAUCCACUGCGAUUUCCCUCUCAGGCUCACAGGCCUGGCCAGCUGAAGCAGUACUAC